AUGGGGCUGGACAUCUCCAAGAUGCUCACCCCAAGCAAGGCUCCAUUCUACAGCAUCGUUCCAGGAAAUGCGGCUACACCGAUUAGUUCGGUAACACAACCAGUUACCUUUGGGACAAAGGAAAACUACCGUACGGAGUACAUCAAGUUCAAGGUGGCGAACUUCGAGUCCUCAUACCACACCAUCCUCGGUAGACCUGCUCUGGCCAAAUUCAUGGUCGUACCCCAUUACGUCUACCUACUUCUCAAGAUGCCGGGCAAGAUAGGGGUACCCACCUUCCAUUGCGACUUGAAGAAGUUGUACGACUGCGAUCAAGAGGCAAUCGCGUACGCCUCGACUACACGCGUGCCAGAACCUUCAUCUGAAGUUUCACAGCCACGCAACAGCUCUCCUAGUCAGAGAUGGUGA